CUACGUCGCAGGUGUAGCCAUAAGAAAAAAAGACAGAGAGAGAAGAGUCUUUCUCGUGGUGCUGGCCUUCCUUUCCUGGGUCACCUGGGAUUUGAGGUCGGUUGUGCUCUUGAGUAUGUUCUUAGUGAACUUAGUUCACCGGCCGGAGACUUUCCCUUGAGGUUUCUUUGCCAAUGGACCCGGCUUCUAGGGCUGAGUGGCUGGUAGGGCUUUGUGGGCUAAGGGAGGGCUCCCGGUAGGCCUCAUCAAAACUGCACACCUUGUCACCAGAGGGGGCUUUGGGCAUUUUGACACCGUCUGAAACCUGCCCUCUAGUCUUUCCAAGUCAAGGGGACAUCGUCUCUCCACUCUUUGGAGCCCCCUUCACCCUUGAAAAAACGGAUCAAAUUUUCAACUCGACAAUAAGUGCCGGGCAAAUGCCUUCAUGGGCGCAGAACCCCUGCCCCCGCAGGCUCAGUGAUGGACAGUGGGGGACACAGAUUCUAAAACCGAAAAACAGCAGGGCCCCUGUGCCCUGAGCACCCAGCCCUUCACGCUGUAAUUUCUCGGACUCUUCACAGCCACGAGAAAGGCGUUAUUAUCCUUGUUUCGCAGAUCAGGAAGCUGAGGAUGAGAGAGACCGAGUUACAACAUGGUGGGCAGAAGGGCCAAGAUCCGAAAGCAGGCCUAGCUCCAGAGCUCCCACUCUUUCCGCAGCCUUUGAGCUCAGGAGGAGGUGUGAGCUGCGUGUGCUGACGGGGGAGCAGAGGCCGGCCCCGCCACGGCUUAGGAAUCCCAGGCGGACCAGCCACUUGUCGGCGUCGCAGAGGACUUUAUCGGUCCUUGUUCACACCUCUCUCUGUGUUGGGAGCCGUUGUCUCGUUCUUCCCUCAGCUGCUGGAGCACCCAUCCACCAGCCCCGAGUCAGUAAACCCAGUCGGGUGUGUUUGAGGGUCUGAUAGACGUGGACUUCACCUUCCUGGACCAGAUGGCACUUGGGUUCAUUCCACUCCAGUGAGAUGGGAAUUACAGACACCGAAAGGCAGAGACCAGCUCUGGGUCUCAUGUUCUGUUUUUUUCCUGCUAAAUGCAAUGCCAGGUACCACCCAGUGUGGCUCCAGCCCUCUGCCACGAGUGGGGUUCUUCAGUGAUCCAGGUAGUCCCACGCCCCAGAGCUGGCACUGGUCCCCUGGAUUUGCUGGCAUCUUAGCCCAGCCGUCACAAGGACAGCCAGUGCCUCUUCUAGCGAAAGGAUUUGUGUGACUCGCUCUGAGUUUCCCCCAGGGCAGAAAUUGUAGGUCCCUCGUGACAUCUCAUCAUAGCUGUAUUUCUCCUACUCAUUUCAAGGGAUGAUUUUCUCUACAAUUCCCUGGCGGAGAGAUUCUCAAAAGAGCAAACAGGAGUGAUUCUUAAAGAGGGGUCGGGGGUUGUUGAGCAGGGGACGUGCCAAUUGUAUUAGAUCGCUGGCGCUGCCAUAACAAAGGACCUCAGACGGGGGUGGGGGGGCAUAAACAACAGACAUUUAUUUUCUCACACUUCUGGAGGCUGGAAGUCCAAGAUCAAGGUGUUGGCAGAUUUGGCCUGAGGCCUCUCUCCUUGGCUUCUUAUAAGGGCACCAGUCAUACUGGAGUAGGACCCAAACUAGUGGUCUCAUUUAAAGGUCCUGCCUCCAAAAACAGCCACAUGCAGAGAUUCAGGGAGUUGGGCCUUUGGUACAUGAAUUUGGGGGUGACGUGAUUCAGUGCAGAACGUGGUGGUCUUGCUCCUCCCCCCUCGAUGCAGAGGAGCCCCCUCUCAGGACGGGCCAGUCGUCUGGGUUUGCUGACAUCCUCGGCUCCCCAAGAGAAGAGAGAAUCACGUGUCCAUAUCGGGGUGACCCAGGCCUCCUUGGGGGAUUCUCUGCAGGGCCUCCCACAACAAGGUGCAAAGAUCUUCAGUCUCCUGGUUUUCUGAUUUUACCAAGGAGAAAACGGACCAGCAAAGUGGCCUGGCUUGUCAGUGUCGCACAGUGAGUCAAGAGAACUAGGGCGGCAGAGUCUGGCCUCUGGUCCCAUCAGGAGGACAGCAGCCCUGUUCACUCCGUGUCCUCUAGGGGGUGCUUGUGAGAAGAGCCUGCAAAGCUCUCCACAAAAAAAAAAAGGACCAGGCUCUUGAAGAGAAGCAUUUUUCUAAAACAGAGAGCUUUGGGGAAACUGAAUCUCCAAGUGACAGAGUGUGGGGUGGUGAAAAGAGCUUGCACUGGGGUCAGAACAGCUGGAUUUUGUCUUGGCCUUACCACGAAUCGUUGGUUGGGACAGCCCUAGGAAUGUCACUUUAAAAUUCUGAGAACUCAGUUUAUCUAUAAGACGAAGCCGUUGAGCUCAGAGGGUGGUUCCCAGACUUGUUGGAUGCGGGCACAGGUUGUCAGCUUCUGCAUGGUGGCUCUUGAUCAGACACCUGGAGCAUAGACUGGACGGAGUGGCAGCUGGGCAGGUUGAGGGCGCGAUGGAGACAAGGCCGCGCAUCAGCUCACUCCAAACGCCUUCCCGAAGCCCGGCCUUCCCCCGGGACCCACAGGGUCCCAGACAGAUUGAGAAUCCGACACGUCUCAACCCAUCACCGCGUUUCUUAGCAGGAGAGGGCUCUCUCACCUCGCUUCUAAGCUGUGCUGUUUGGAGGAGAAGCGAGCAUUCAUCAAACGAGCGGUGGACUUGCUGAGGGAAAAGCGCCUUCAGGAUUCACCUGCCGAGGAAACCUGCAGACAGCGAGCCUUCUGUGACUGUGCCCCUUGGUUUAUGACGACACGUCCCCCACAUCCACGACCAGACCCUCCUCACAUCCUGCCUUGCUCCCUCCUGAGGAGUUCAAUCCUAGACGGGCCUGGAAAGAUAGGUUCUCACGUCCCCAAGCAUCCCAGGGAGACGUCUUUAAAUGAAGCAAGCAUGGAAUUGCCCAUCGCGGCUCAGCAGAAUUGAAUCUGACCGGUAUCCUGGCCUCGCUCAGUGGGUUGAGGAUCUGGCAUUGCUGUGAACUGUGGUGUAGGUCGAAGAUGUGGCUCGGAUCCCACAUUGCCGUGGCUGUGGUGUAGUCUGGCAGCUGUACCUCUAAUUCAACCCCUAGCCUGGGAACCUCCAUAUUCUGAGGGUGUGGCCCUAAAAAAAAAGAAAAAAGACAAUAAAAUUAAUGAAGCAUAGGAGAACCGAACAAUUAAAAUAAAAACCUAAGCAACCUAAAAAAGCAUUAAACUCCAAUAGAGACUCAUUUCCGAUAUGGUGGACGAACUAGUAUCAUAUCAACCACCUCCUUGAAAACAACUAGAAAAACCAGAAAAAGCAUUUUUUACAAACUCUGUUGAUGGAUCAGCAAGCUCCUGCCCCGUCCUCCCCCAGCACCAAUGCUGGUUUCACAGAAGCCGUCCCAGCCUUUUAUUCCAGGGGUGCGUUUGUUCCCUCCUUUUUUUCCUUUAAUGACAUUUACUGUAGGUUGCCUGCAACUUUGAAUAUUUAGGCAUAAUUAUUUUUUCUUUAUCUGGAUGUUAUUCUUUCUAAAAGCAGAACCAUAGUUUCUCUUGAUUUUCUACCCGUGCCACCAGCCUGAAGCCUGGGCCUCCCCUUGGACCCUCCAGGCUUCCUCAGCCCCCACUUAUAACCAAGCCCCACCUUACCGGUGUUUCUUCAGCUACUACCUUUCCCCAGCACCACCCCCUCUUCAUUCAGGUGGCCAGCACAUGCCACUCCAGGCACCUCUGACAGGUACCCGCCCGGCGGGAGAGAUGCCCAUCCAGCUUUCAUCAGGCCAGAUACUCAGCUCCCGCUAACUCUGCUCCGAUGCCCAUCCAGCCCUGGUCCCUCCCAAAGAUAAUGGCUGCGCACGAGGCCUGGAACUGUGCCCUGGGGUCUCGGGGGCCCGGAGGCAGCUCUGACCGCUCUUCUGAGAUCAGCAACCUGCGUUCCCCAACCGCCCCAGGUAGUGGGGUCAGAGGGCACCGCUCCUGUCUGUCCGAGCAAAGGUCAGCGGGGUCGAAGGCACAGGGAGGCUCUAACCCUGGCGGAGCAGGCAGGAGCCAGCAGGGUGGGGCCAGCCCCACGCAGGCUCGGAGCAUCCUCCAGACCAUCCUCUGGGUGCUGGGGGCCCAGAGCCUCUGCGUGGAGAAGCCCCUAACCCAGCCUCCGACUGUGAAACCCAGCGUGACCUUCAGCUUUCACUUUGAUCUCGCACCACGGAGCCCCGCAUGGCCCGGCUGCCCGUGGUCAUCAGCCUCUUCCAUCCUGACGCCGAGACCCUCUGUCCCGCCCUGCCUGCUGCAGUGCCCGCUGCGGGUUGUCAUGACGAUUCUCCCCGAGGAGCUGCUUCUGGAGAGGGAGCAGAGAAGAAACAGGAAAGCGCUCGUGGAAGCCAGGCCUGGCGGGUCUCAGGGUGGCCUCGGCGUGAGUAUGUGUCGCAGGUGUCUCUCAUGAGAAACCCGGAUGUCUGUCCCUCCCAGCCUGGAACUGGGACCUCGGCUGUUCCCUUGUAGCAAGUCAGACAUGGCUAAUUACCGUCUUCAUGAUGAGAGUAAUUGAAUGUGAGCCUCAAAGUCAGGUUCCCUCUGGCACGAUCCUUUCGAGAGAUGGUGGAGUUGUUCAGGCCAAACAGGCCACAGCUCACUUUCGGGGGGUGGUCAGAGUUAUCCCGACAACAAGCCCGUUGCCUGUGCCUCUUGUCAGUGGCCAUCUGGCCUCAGUCUCAACCAUGUGUCCAGAAUGUGCCACUAAUCCUUGCAAACAAUUUAUGUAAAAGGAGGAGUCAACAGCCCAGGAGUUCCCAUUGUGGCUCAGCAGGUUAAGAACCCAGUGUUGUAUCUGUGAGGAUGCGGGUUUGAUCCCUGGCCCUGCUCAGUGGGUUAAGAGUCCGGCAGUGCCACAAGCUGUGGCACAGGUCACAGAUGCGUCUUGGAUCUGGUGUUUUUGUGGCUGUGGCAUACGUUGGCAGCUGCAGCUCUGAUUCGACUAGGAUUCAGGACCAAGAAUCUAGGCCAGGGUAUCUCAGCCUUGGCACUCUGGACAUUUGGGGCCAGGUAUUGAAUUCUUCCCCAUGGGGGGCGGGGGGUGUCCUGUUGAAUCAGAGGAAACUUCCAUUUGCCACAGGUGCUGCGGUAAAAAGAAAAAAAGCCAACAGUCCAUCUCAAAGAUUACUCAUUGAGUCCCCUAGCAAACAGUGAGGGGCUCAGGGGGAAGUGGCCCUCAGACAUACCUCAAAGUGUCCCAUGGGAGAACCAGGCCCUGUGGCUUUAUUUAGACCAAUCAAGGUGAAAAAUCACAAACUGAGUAAAGUUUAUAUUUUUCCCUGUUUUUUUUUCUUGCCAUUAAACAAGUUCAUUGCGGUAAAGCUGAAAAAACACAGAAAAGUCAAAAUCACCCACAAUCCUAACACCUGGAUUUAAUACCAAAACUGAGAAAGGAAGCAUCUGCCUUGCAACUGCUUCGUCCUUGUCCCCCUGGACUUGGCAGGGGCUGUGAUCAGGGAGGGAGGGGUCCAGGGGAGGCCCAAGGGCCAGCCUGGGCACAGCCGGGUGGCAUCGGUGUGGCCGCUGGUCUCCCCAGGGCAGGCUCCAGGCUCUCCCCUCAUCAUCCUUGUCACGGGCCAGGGAACUCACCUGCUGCGUUACCAGGACCCUGGGCUGCUCGCUCGUUGGCACCCCUUCCUGUCACCCCUUCCCCGUCGGCAGCAGAGACGCAGGAUCUCAGCUGUCCCAGAGAUACCAGGCCCUGCUCGUGUGAGGUUUUCUUGCUAAGCACUGCCAGGCAGCCUGCCAACAUGCCGGAAAGUGAAAAUAGCCAAGGUCACAGAUGCUCAUAAUGUUUUCAGAGGCCUGACCCUUCGUGCAGCAGUGUGUGUCAAGCGUAUACCCUGCGCCUGACACUGUCGUGGGCACUUGGGACACAUCUGGGGAAUAAGCAAAGGUCCUGGCCCCACAGCAGCUUGUGGGGGUGGGGGCGGGGCAGGUGGAGGGACAGCCGGUAACAGGUGAACGUGAAU